AAUAUAAUAGGAGGAUGUGGUACAUUACGGAGGUUGAACACAAGGAAAUGUCAAUAAUAGCCCUUACGCAACCCCUUCGAUGUUGAGCGCUUGGACCCACCGAAGAUGAAACCCUAAUUUGUUUUUAGAAUAAAAAAAAAAGGAGAAAAAAGAGAAGGCUAAGAAUAGAGGGAAAAGAAGAGAGUGGGAGAGAAAUAGAGAAUGAGGUGCCCGUAGCUGCGAAAGAGUUGCGGAGGAAAAGGAAUCCCAAAAUUUCAUUCAUCUCAGAAAGAGAGAGAAAAUACCGAAACGAGGGAGAGGCGGUCAUUGCUAUUCUAAUUUUCUUUUAAUAAUUAAAAAAAUAAAAGAAGAGGCACACGCACAACACGAAGAAAUAGUCGAUUUCGUUCUGUCUUGGAGAAGAGGUUAUACGUUGUCGUCUUAACUUAAAUACGCUUUUCCCUCUUUUCCCUUCGCAUUUUCCUCUUUCUUCUUCUUCCAACUCCGCUCCCCAGCCAUGCCGACCUUUAGUGCCAUAGCAUUGGAUAGGUUGUUAGAGCCUGGAGGUUCCAGACCUGUUGACAGAUCUGCUUCGAAUUCGAUGCCUCUGCCAAACUCACAGAAGGGGAGGAAUGCUAGUGCGCCCCCUAAGAAAAAAAAGGCUACUCGUCCUCCAUUAAAACCAGCUCUUUAUGCCACUCCUGAGGUGACGCCACUUCCGGAUGCACCCUCUUCCUUUCCUCCAUCACCAUACAUCAUUAACCAUAAGCGACGUGGGCCGCGCCUCCUCAAGAGCACUUCAGAGGCCAGCAUACUGGCUGAGCAGAAUGUUCUCCAUGAUUGUGAAAAGCCUAAUGGUAAGAGCUCAGAUAUGGUGAUUGUAAGUUCAGCUGGUGACUUCCAAGUUCCUUAUAAAAAUCCUGAAGCUGUUAAAGAGGAGCUCGGUGACACUGUUUAUCACUUUGAAUUCGAUAGCAGCAAUAAUGGUGACUUUGGGACUGGACACAGGGAAAGUGGGAGUAGUAGCAUUACAAAUGAUUUACAGGUACCAACAAUGAAUUCACAAAGAGGUUUAGAGAUUGAAGAUUUCUUCGAUCCAAAUGAAUCAAUGAGUUUUGCAAGUAUUACAGAUGUUGAAGAUAAUGCUGGGGCAGAACUGUCUAUGAAGUACAGCAGUCCUGGGGAGUUUUUUGAUGCUUGGGAAGAACUAUCUUCUGAAGGUGGAACUCAAAAUUCUACAAUUGAUUUUGAAGCUGAAUUACGUGAAAUGAGGUUGAGUCUAUUGAUGGAGAUAGAGAAGCGGAAGCAAACUGAAGAGUCCCUUAACAGCAUGAAAAGCCAAUAUGAGAGAAUUAGGCAAGGCUUAUAUAGUGCAGGAAUUGUUUUGCCUGCAAAUCUUACUGCUGUUGCUGGGGCUGACCAGCUGAAUUCUGAUCCCAUGGAAGAUCUAUGUCAACAAGUUCAUGUUGCAAGAUUCAUAUCAAACUCCAUUGGGAGAGGAAUGGCCAGGGCUGAAGUUGAAGCACAGAUGGAAGCUCAACUAGAUUUAAAGAACUUCGAGAUUGCUCGGCUGUUGGAACGCCUCCGAUGUUAUGAGACCAUGAAUAGGGAGAUGGUUCAGAGGAACCAGGAAGCGAUAGAGUUGGGACGGCGUGAUAGGCAACGGAGGAGGAGAAGGAUGAAGAGAUGGGUAUGGAGCUCUAUUACUAGUGCGAUUGUGCUUGGUUCUGCAGCAAUAGCAUGGUCUUAUCUCCCAACAAGUAAAGGGUCAUCCUCCUCUGCAGACCUUGAUGUGGUUGCUGAACAUGAGGAUGCAGCCGCCAAGUAAAUACACAUCAUCAUCAUCAUCACUAACUACACUUGUGUGUCAUGUUAGAAGAGGAAAAAUAAAAAGUUACAUGCCACUGUGUGGCAACUUAUAUUUUGAUCAAUUCAAAUUUUCCGGCAAGCACAGAGUGAUGUGCAUGGUACAAAAUAAUACAAAGAAUUAGUUCUUUCCGAUGCAGAGUUCUUGGUAGGAAAUUUAGUGCAGUGUUUCCGUAGCUCAGUCAUGCGUUCAUGGAAAUUCUGUGGACGUGCAAAUACUUGGUUAUCUUAUACAUCUGUCACAAACCGGUUAUAAGAUUCUUUAUGAUAGCUCCUCCCACUGGGGUUGUUGUCUACUUUAGCGUUUAAGUUGAUAUAGUAAGAACCUUCAGCGUC